CACCAGAAUUAGGACUUACAAAAUAAAAUAGGAGAAAAGUCAAUUCGUAAGCAUUGCAUGCACCAAACCUUUUCAUAGCAGCUCCAACUUCUAAAUCUAACUUUAGGAGUGGAGUUUGGCGUGGAGCUAUAGAGCGGCCCAACCUGUUCCCCCCCUCUAAUUCUUUUUUUUUUCGAUCACUUAAGCUUGCUCUGCUCCUUUUUUAAGACGAUGUUUAAAUUGUUUGGUUGUCAUCUAGCUUCAAAAGAGAUGAAUCGGGCAUUUAACUUUUUGCUACUUUAUAAUCACGAUCAUUAGCUCGAUGAUUGAUAGCUGACAGUGGCCAUAACCAUGGGAAGGCUAGUGACAACAGUGCUCGUGCUGUGCUUGAUCUAUGUGACGACGCGCAUGGCGGUGUUCCGCGGGCACGACCUCCGGCGAGGUCUAGAGCAAGCCAUGCGCAGCCGCCUCCUCGCCGACGCGACGCCGGCAGGAGGCUCGGCCGUGCCCAUCCACUGGUCCAGACACCUCUACAACGUGGCGAACUUCACUAUCGGCACGCCGCCGCAGCCCGCGUCGGCGAUCAUCGACGUCGCCGGUGAGCUCGUCUGGACGCAGUGCUCGCGGUGCAGCCGCUGCUUCAAGCAGGACCUGCCCCUGUUCAUCCCGAACGCGUCGUCCACCUUCCGGCCGGAGCCGUGCGGCACCGACGCCUGCAAGUCCACCCCGACGAGCAACUGCUCCGGCGACGUGUGCACCUACGAGAGCACCACAAACAUCAGGUUGGAUCGGCACACCACCUUGGGCAUCGUCGGCACCGAAACGUUCGCCAUCGGGACGGCCACGGCGAGCCUCGCCUUCGGGUGCGUCGUGGCGAGCGACAUCGACACCAUGGACGGGACUUCGGGUUUCAUCGGGCUAGGGAGGACGCCACGGUCGCUCGUCGCGCAGAUGAAGCUCACCAAGUUCUCGUACUGCCUCUCGCCACGCGGCACCGGGAAGAGCAGCCGGCUGUUCCUCGGCUCCUCCGCCAAACUGGCCGGCGGCGAGAGCACCUCGACGGCGCCGUUCAUCAAGACCUCGCCCGACGAUGACAGCCACCACUACUACCUGCUCAGCCUGGACGCCAUUAGAGCCGGCAACACGACGAUCGCCACGGCUCAGAGCGGCGGCAUCCUCGUGAUGCACACCGUCUCGCCGUUCAGCCUCCUGGUCGACAGCGCGUACAGGGCCUUCAAGAAGGCGGUGACGGAGGCCGUCGGCGGCGCGGCCGCGCCGCCGAUGGCGACGCCGCCGCAGCCGUUCGACCUCUGCUUCAAGAAGGCGGCGGGGUUCAGCCGCGCCACCGCCCCGGACCUGGUGUUCACGUUCCAGGGCGGCGGCGCCGCGUUGACGGUGCCGCCGGCGAAGUACCUGAUCGACGUCGGCGAGGAGAAGGACACGGCGUGUGCGGCGAUCCUGAGCAUGGCGCGGCUGAACAGGACGGGGUUGGAGGGGGUGAGCGUCCUGGGAAGCUUGCAGCAGGAGAACGUCCACUUCCUCUACGAUCUCAAGAAGGAGACGCUCUCCUUCGAACCUGCGGAUUGCAGCUCACUCCCCUGAUCGAUCAAUGGCGGCUACUGCUGCUUCUUGCUGGAAGCUUUGCUGUUCAAGCUUAAUUCCAUUCCAUGUUUGUGUUGUGUGCGCGUGUGUGUGGCUGUGUGCAGGUGUGCAAUGUUCAUAGAUAAGAUAACGCAGCCAUGGCGCGCGCCCAGGCGGCAUGAGCUGCAGCAUGCUUUGCUUUACUCUCCAGUGUGGGUAGCGUAGCUAGUUCUACUUCCUGAAUCUAUAGGCUAUACGUGCUUGUGUAAGAACGAGAUCCUCUUGUCGAACUCCAUUCAUCCUUAAGGAAAUAUCCCUCGUUUUUGC